CUCCUUGGUGACAUAGGUUAGGUAUUUCAGUUGCCUAACCUGCCUAACCUUUCAUUCUCUCUCUUGCUUACAAGCGUUUGGAAGUGCAAAACGUGAAAAAAUGUCGAAGGUAUCGCGCGACACCCUUUACGAAUGCGUUAAUGGGGUCUUAGAACAUUCAAAGCAGAAGAAAAGAAAUUUCUUGGAAACGGUGGAAAUCCAGAUCGGACUGAAGAAUUAUGAUCCACAAAAGGACAAGCGUUUCAGUGGCACCGUCAAGUUGAAGCACAUCCCUAGGCCAAAAAUGCAAGUAUGCAUGUUGGGAGAUCAACAACAUUGUGAUGAAGCUAAAGCCAAUAAUAUUCCAUACAUGGAUGUUGAAGCAUUGAAAAAACUCAAUAAGAACAAGAAGCUUGUUAAAAAACUUGCCAAAAAGUAUGAUGCUUUCUUGGCUAGUGAGGCUUUGAUUAAACAGAUUCCUCGUCUGCUGGGUCCAGGCUUGAACAAGGCUGGUAAAUUCCCUGGGUUGCUUUCGCAUCAAGAAUCGAUGACUCAAAAAAUUGAUGAAGUAAAAGCUACAAUCAAAUUUCAAAUGAAGAAGGUAUUGUGCUUGUCUGUUGCUGUUGGUCAUGUAGAUAUGACAGCUGAUGAACUGGUUCAAAAUGUCCAUCUGGCGAUCAACUUUUUAGUUUCUUUGUUGAAGAAACAUUGGCAGAAUGUUAGGUCUCUUCAUGUUAAAUCAUCAAUGGGACCACCUCAAAGAUUGUAUUAGUGUUUUAUACAAUAUAACGUACUUUGUAUGUAAUAAAAAAAACACACUGUA